AUGAAGCACUUGUACACCGACAAGUUUCAAGCUAGAGUGGAGCAGUUGAUGAAGACGCACCACUGCCCCGGGAUUGCCGUUGCCAUAGUACAGGAAAAUCAUGUCGCUUCAGCGGGAUUUGGACAAGCCAACACUGAGACGUCUGAGCCCUGCACAGCCGAUACAAUCUUCGAUAUCGCGUCAGCCUCGAAAUCGUUGACUGCUGCAUCAGUGGGAUUGCUGAUUGAGGACGAGUCCCACCCAGACGUGCGAUGGGAUGCAGUCAUGUCCGAACUAUUACCAGAUGAUUUCGUGAUGCCUCAUCCAAAGUACACUGCUGAAGUUACGGUCGAAGAUAUACUGGCUCACAGAAGUGGAAUGCCGGGACACGACCUAUCGUAUCUAGGUAUCGGAUCUCCUAAACCUGACGACGCUCGCUCUAUAACAAGAAAUCUUCGCAAUCUACCCUUAGCUGCCCCUAUCCGAACAAAGUACAUGUACUGCAACAUGAUGUACACUGUGGCUACGCACCUAGUGGAAGUAAAGGCCGAACAGAGCUUCGCAGACUUCCUGCAAGCUCGUUUCUUUGAUCCCCUGGGCAUGGACUCGACUUGCCUUCAGCCAGCAGCUGCACGAGCCCGGGGACUAGGUGACAGAAUCGCAACCGGGCACCACUGGGUGAAGAAGAAAGGCUACAGUCGAUUUCAGACACCAGAUUGCCCAGAAGCACAAGGCGCAGGAUCUAUCAUGACAAGCGCGAACGACUUCAUCAAGUAUGUCAAGGCUUUGAUGAACCAAGAAGGGCCAAUCACAGAGAGGCUGUACCGUGAUCUGAUCCGCAUGCGCACCAUUGCCAAUCCGAACACUAAGUGGUUGCGGCCUCAUACGUCGGCAGUGAUAUAUACUGUGGGUUUGGAGAUAUACUGGUACAGAGGACACAUGAUCGUUGGGCACGAUGGAUCGAUCGCUGGCUUCGGCUCUCGCUUCUUCUUUCUCCCAGACCUGAAAUUCGGCGCUUGUAUUUUCGGUAACUCAAGUGAUGCAGCGACAAUCACAGGUAUACUGAGUCGAGAACUAAUUGACAUAGUUCUUGAGGUACCAGAGAGCGAGCGAUGCCAAAGUAGCAAGCACGGCAUCCCUACUAGGUUCAUUGAGCCAUCUAACGCGCCGCCGAAAGCCACCAAGUCCGAGCCCAAGCAAUUGUAUGCCGAAAAGCAGAAGCCAGUCAAAAGAAAUGCCCAAAUUCAAGAGUCAAACUCGGAGGCGGAGGCACAGGUCCUCGAUCUUGAUGCUUACACCGGUCGAUACUGGAAUGCUGGCUAUCAUACGAUGAUUGUGGAGAUCAAGAACGAUAAGCUGUUCAUCGAUGCCACCGAUCGCUCCUUUCCCCUGACGUUGACCUUCGAGCACGUUUCUGGUCAGACCAAGUACAUAGCACGUGAGACAUACGUUCUAGAAGGUGGCAACAAUCCUCUAGAUACCGAGUUCGAGUUACACGACAACAAAGCAGUGAGAAUGGGCUUGAACUUGGAAGACGAGGAAGGCAGGAUGAUUUGGUUUGACAAGGUCACAUAG